AUGACUCUGACCAGAGGCUCCUUCACCUACGCCACUGGAGAGGAGUACCAUGGCGAGUGGAAAGAAGGCCGCAGGCAUGGCGUUGGCCAGCUCAAAUUCCAGGAUGGAACAUGUUUCUCAGGGCAGUUUGAAGAUGGCCUUUUCCACGGCGCCGGAGUCCUGCUCUUUACAGACGGAUCCAGGUACGAGGGGGAGUUUGCGCACGGAAAGUUUCAGGGCCUGGGCGUCUUCAGUCGUUUUGACGGCAUGAAAUUUGAGGGGGAAUUCAAAGACGGACGUGUGGAGGGAUAUGGGCUGUUGACGUUCCCGCAUGGAACACAUGGCAUUCCACGGAACGAGGGAUUGUUCCAAAACCACAAACUCCAAAGGCGAGAAAAGUGUCCCGGCGUGGUGCAGAGGGCGCAGGCGUCAGCCACCAAUGCUCGCAAUGUCGCUCUUUGACUCUCGCACUAACCUUGACAUCCAUGUCAUGGUUCUUGCUUGUUCUAGGAGUGCCUCAGGGAGGUAUACUCCUCCCCCUCAUGCUCCUUUUUCUUCAUUCCCUCGUCACUUGUUUGAACUACGGUUUUAUAAAUCCACCCUUUUAAAAUCCCAAUUUUCUCUACAGGAGUCACACACACUCAUUAACAGUGUCUUAGCGGGCUAAUGGUUAGCAAUCCGACACCAAAAUGCUCACAAAACAAUA